UUGAUUUUAUGGUCUUCCUCAUAAAAUUAGAACUCUCUGUUUCGACCACCGUUUUCUCAUCGACCCAGAGCAUUUCAUUCUUUUUCCUAUCAAUUCCUCAUUACCCGUGAACGUGGCCUCUUUCUCUGUUACGAACAUGGGAAAUGUCUUCAGAUCUACAUGUCUGAGAGCGAGAGAGAGCGAGACGGAGACAGGAGGUGAGCAAACUACUGCUAUGGCAAGCUCAGAUGCAGGAACUUCAUCAGGAAGCAAGUAUCAAGUGUUUUUGAACUUCAGAGGACCCGACACUCGCAAGGGAUUCAUCAGCUUCCUCUACAAUAGCUUGGAUGUUGCUGGAAUCCGUGUCUUUCUAGACGAUGAAGAGCUCUCUUUCGGUGCAAGGAUUGAUGGAUCGCUAGAGCGAGCGAUCAACGACUCAAGGAUCUACAUACCCGUCUUCUCUAAGAACUAUGCCUCCAGCCAAUGGUGCCUCCGCGAGCUUGAGCAGAUCGUGUCUAACACCUUUAAUUCGGAAGGUAACAAAGAGAUCCUUCCUAUUUUCUACGAUGUGAUACCUGACGAUGUUAAGCUGAAAACUCAGCGGUAUUGCAAAGCCAUACGAAUAUUAAAGGACGAGAAGAGAUUGAGCGAUGAGCAAGUAAAUGCGUGGAGAAAGGCUCUCAGGGAGGUUGAUGCGAUAAAGGGAUGGGAAAUGAAACAGUACAAAAGCCGAAUAAGAGCGUAAUAGCAGUGGAUCUUGAUCUACGCAGAAGUGAUUCAGAGAUCGUUAUUAGAAGCGAAGAGAUUGGAAGGUUUGAACGUCUGAAGUACCUCAAAUUAAAUGGGGGAGCUUUGGUGGGUAACUUAGCGAAUAGUCUUACCAAUUUAAGCUGGAUUUUUUGGAGCCAUCCUCUUCCAACGUCUAACCCAACCAAUAUGCACUUGAAGAAUGUGGUCGUUCUUCAAUUUUUAGACAAUGACUUCAUAGAUGAUUCAAAUCUACAGAGCUUCGUCAAGAUGGCAAGAAAAUUGAAAGUUAUUUCUCUUAAAGAUUGUGAUAAAAUAACCAGAACGCCAAAUUUCUCUGAAUGCCCGAAUUUAGAGAGUCUUAAUGUCGACCAUUGUUCCAAUUUGAGGGAAAUUGAUGGCUCUAUUGGGCAGCUGAAGUGUCUAACUUACAUGAAGAUUGCUUAUUGCCCUCGUCUUAAAAAUUUGCCCGAGGAAAUUGGGGACCUAGAGAAAUUGGAGCACUUCACUGUGCAGCAGUGUGAUGGAGUGAAGAGACUCCCAGAAUCCAUAUGGAAGUUGAAAUCAUUACGUGAGGUACACUUUUCAACUGGCUGGGAUGUUUAUUCAGCAAAUUCAUGAAGUUACCUAGUACUAUUGGAAAGCUUCAUAAGCUGGAAACGCUUCAUGUCAAUGCUUAUUAUUCAAGAGGUCAACUUCUCUCUAGAUCUCCAGUGCAUGCAUAUGAACUCGAUGGGCUUCAACUUCCCCAUCUAAGGGAGUUUCUUGUGCAAAGCUGUGAAAGUCUUCACGGA